AUGUCCAAGCAGAAGGCUCCCUCGCCACUGAGCUCUAUACCAGACCAUAGCAAGUCCGCGACGCUCAACAAACCGACGCGCAAACGACCUGUCCAGCAGAAGACCAGCGAGGAGAAGCCAGCCAACAACAAGCGGCCCAGAAGACAGUCAACCCUCUCCAAGAAAUCCUACGACGAGAGCCCAUCGUUUGACCAACAACAUGAGCCCAGCCCACCCUCACCCCAACCCACGCAGAUCACCCCCCAGCCGGACGGAAAGAAAAAGCCCAGCACUCCGAAAGCCAUCCAUUGGAAUCCUCACCAACCAGAACAAACCCGCCCGUCCACAAGCCACGUCGAGCAACGUUUGUGGAUAGAAUCGCACGGCUCACGGAGCUUCCCAGCUCACCUGCGAUCCUACGGGCCCCUGUGGGAACCACCAGCGCUGGUCCAUCUGGUCCACAAUCAACUGCGAUCACAAUGGGAGGUUAAGAGCGAGCCGAUGGAAGCCAGCCCAGGAUUACGCAAGCGGAUGCAAACAGCAGAAGCCAAUCUACCCUACGCCCCGGCCAUGCAACUCUUAUCUGAUUUGGGAUGGUACAAGACCAAAUGGAAUGCAGACGAACAUCGCGAGAACGACCGAUGGGGAGGAUGGUAUGAUCAGAUUAGACUAGAUCUCCAGCGGUUUCUUCGAUCUCGAUUAGACGACCGACAGGCUCAAGAAUUUCUCCCGACCGGCGUCCGAUUUCCAGCCCCGCUUGAGCAGGAGCAGCCCACAGAGACCCAACAGAAGCCCAUCCGGGUAAUUAGUCAUACCUUGUCCAAUCAAUGGGCCGCCGAGGGUAACAACGAAGGAUCACUGAGCCUUUACGCCGGGCCGUUGACCGGGGCUCGAUCGGCCGAUGCAACGGAAUCGAUCGAGCAGGCAAGAGUCACCAUCCAACGGUUCGCUAGUUACACAUUGGUACCUGAGAAGGCGGGCUUUAUAUUCAACGCUGCAGCACCAGUAUGGUCGAUCGACUUCCUACCAGCCCCAGAGCUUAUCCCACAUUCGUGUGUUGGGCAAGGAAAACAGGACCGCGCGGCUUGUGACUUCCUCGCAGUGGCUACGAUCAGCUCCGACCCCGGCUUGAUCCCCCCAGCAGAGAUUGCAAAACUGGAGAAAGACGCGAAGAGCGUCGUUCAGAUCUGGAGUAUCCCUCAUUCCGAGCCAACCAAUUUCAACGAGCAGCCCUCAGAGGACAAAACAUCUCAUCAUCCACGCCGCCGUUCUGGUAAAUCUGCAAUCCCUCUGCCUCCCAAUGGUCACCCGACUGUUUCAGGAAACCAUAAUGAUUGCCCUCAGCUGGUCAUGCUAUUGGCCUUUUCCAGCCAAGCAACAGUUGUCCGUUGGUGUCCUCGUGGCGGGACCAACCGGUUGAAUGGGACAGAUUUGACGGCCGCUAGCUCCUCUGUCGAUCACAUUGACCCCCUCGGACUUUUGGCGAUCUCUUUCUUGGACGGAAGUGUUGGGCUGUACAGUGUCCCUCAUCCUUUCCAUGCCAUGAGGCUAGCUCAAGCAGCCGAUGCUUCCGGAGCUCCGUCUAACGGAGCCAAUCAUGCGAUAAUCUUAAAUCUUGCUCCGGUCGCCAAGUUGAUGCUACCGAGUACAACCUGCCUCACGCUAGACUGGGCCAAUCACGAUGUACUUGCUGGAGGCUGCACAAAUGGCAACAUCGUGAUUUGGCACGUCGAGACACUGCUGCGACUAUUAACCUCAAGCACAGUCUUGGAGGGCCCGCUUUACAUUCGGCCGACCCAUUAUAAACCCGUCCAUUCCGCUCCAGUCAAGUCUAUCUCGUGGGCCCGGAUCCCGCCUACCGACCGUUUCGGGAAGCCUGAGCUCGAACGGGAUCCCGCUUUUCUCGCGUCAACCGGUUACGAUGGAAGUGUAAAGAUGGUGGAUGCGCAGGAUCUAGCAGCUUCGAAAUCCUUGAUUCAUGAGCGAGGUGAAACAACCUCAUUGGCCUUUUCGCCUGCUCUAGGCUGUCUGAAUCUUGCAGAUUCAGACUACAGCAUUAAGUCGAUUUGUCUUAAACCGCGCGAGUUGGGUGUCUCGAAAAAGAUAUUAGUUCAGCUGGGAUUAGUUUGGCAAAUAGCCGUCUCCGACUUCCAUUCAUUCAUUGCAUAUGCUGCUGCCGAUGGAGUCUGUGGACUCGCCUCAUUAAUCAGACCACAGAAGUAUCGAAGCCGCGCGACUAUGUGGGCUCCUAAAGUUUAUCAAAUGGACUUUAAUCGCAAAAGCGCUGAACUCAGAAUGCUCGAUAACUUAGUGCCCCAGCCGCGCUCCCAAGAUGGAAGCUCAGUCACGGAGACGAAAACGAAGGCCAAAGCGGGGAACAAGAAAGGAAGUCAAGAGCAGGGAUCAAAGGCAGAGAAGAAGAAAGCGGACCAGCCGGCACAUUCGGCGAGUUCGAUCGGGGCCUAUGCGGGAAGCAUGUUGGCUAGUGGGAUGGGCUCCGGCUUGGUCCGCAUCGAUUUCGUCGAGGGCGGCUUGAACAGCGCUAAUCAUUCUAAUCAAUUUACAACCAGCUUCGAUGAACUCAUUGCCGCCGCUCUGGAUAACAAUAACCCGGUUACCGGUGUGGAUGAUGAGGACGACGAUUAG